GCCGCUUCCGCUUCCGGGCGGCGCGGCGGCGAAGGCGGUCGCCAAGGUGACACCGCCAUGGGCCGGCACUUCGGGAACCUGGCGCGGGUGCGGCACGUCGUCACCUACAGCCUGUCGCCCUUCGAGCAGCGCGCCUUCCCCAACGUCCUCUCGCACGGGCUGCCCAACGUGUGGCGGCGCUUCAGCUCGCAGGUCUUCAAGGUGGUGCCCCCCUUCGUGGGGGCCUACCUCCUGUACUCCUGGGGCAUGCAGGAGUUUGAGAGGCUAAAGAGGAAGAACCCUGCUGACUACGAGAACGACAAGUAGCCAGAGCCACGAGGAGAUGUUACAGCACCGGGUUAUCGGCAUCCUGUUGCUAAGCGCGUUCAUGUGAUGAGGAUGACGGGGAGAUAAAGUGUUGUCUAAUAAACUUUAACUUUGUCUCAUGA